AUGACGCUAGACUCCACCCAAGUGGGCGUGCGGAUGGUCGGUGGCGAGUGGCACCAGGGCGGUCGCACGAAAAUCACCCUCACUUGUUCUGAUGACGAUGAUGAUGAUGAUGACCAGCUUCGCUUUCAUCUUCGAGGCGCCAACGCGGACAGGUGGGGCCUGAGUCAUCUGCGCCUGACCCCAUCCGGCUGCACAGGUGUGAAUGGAGCGCAGCCCAAACGCCAGCACGCUGCAGGAGACUACGACAUGGACACUGCCCACAAUGACGACGCCGACUUUGCUAAACUGGCGGCCUUAGUGUCGGACGUGGUCCAGGUGGUGCACACCGUGGCAGCACCGCCGCCGCCCGAUGACCCGGCGCGCGUGGAGCUGUUCAAGCGCCUGUUCUCGAACGGCCACGCGCUCGAAGCCAUCAGCGCUCAGGGCGGCGUGUACCGCCUCUGUCCCGGUUCGCUGGUGCCUGAUAGCGCCGACGACUGGAGCGAUGACGACGACGGCGGCGGUGACCAGGAGAUCGCCGAAGAGCAGCACAUCGUACGCCUCCGUGCUGCCGCGCUUGCUGCCGGCGGGUCCGGUGACGAGAUGACGGCCUAUCGGCUGCGGGGCCUUCGCGUCGAGGGCGCGCCGUGCGUGCACGCCAAGCUCCGCCGUCUUCGCCGACAACACUCGGUCAGGCGCGCCGACGGCGCUGGGGCUGGUGGUGGCGAUCUCGAUGAUGGGAGGAGCUCCGCCGGCGACCGAGCACACCGCAGCCUGCCGGCCAGCAGGUUCAACCGGGGGUCUCGACUGGUGUUGCUACUGCGGUUGGCGUUCAAGGAUCAGCUCGACUACCUCACCCCGCUGACCCAGCUUGGCGUCAUUUCGCAAGUCUUGACCGAGUUCUAUAAUCGCGUCAGCGGCGGCCGCCUGGUGAUGACGGUGCGAUUUGACGCCGGCUGCGUCUACGAGGUCUCCUACGAUAAGACCAGCGUCGAUAGCGGCACGGUCGGUCUCGGUGAGAUGCACGCGGACGCGAGGAGGGCAGCGGCCGCGCACAGCAACCCGGCCUGCCGGGUCAGCGAGGCACAGUUUGAUUACGACUACCAACACCACGUGCUGGCCGUGCCCUUCUCGGGUGUCGCCGGCGUUCCGGGCGUUGGCGUCUGGUUGAACGGCGUCACCUCUUCGUACGUGGUGGUGCACGAGAUGGGCCACAACAUGGGCCUGAACCACGCGAACCUGGCCGAGACACCGACCUUUGCGGCCUGGCGCGAGUACGCCAACGUCUACGACAUCAUGGGCAGCGCCGUAAUGAUAGCGUCGGAGAAGAGCUGCUUCAUGGCGGGGUACCAGGACGGCAUCGGUUGGCUGGCACCCAACAACAAGGUCACCUACCCGACCGACGCCUACGCCACGGGCGCCGGCACUCCGGCGUGGGUGGCCGACUACCGGCUGGCGGGCGUCGAGAGCUCCAACGGGCCAGACGUGCUCGAGACGGUGCGGAUCCCGAUGGCGAUGGGCACCUACGCCCAGCGCAGCAGCUGGCUCUACCUCAACUGGUUCUCGCAGGCGACGGGCGUCUUGCGGCGCGGCGCGAUGAUGACCGAGGAGAGCUUCGAAGUCGGGUGGGACGGCGCCUCGUACAGCAUGCACCGUUUCGAGGGGGGCCUGCUGUAUGACACGGCGCCCGGCACGGUCUCGCUGCGCGACGCGCUGGUGAACGCGUCAGCGCCGCUGGUCUACGGCCUCGGCGGGCGCGCGCCGGUGCUGAUCGAGGUAACCAGCUCUUCGUCGUCGGUGACGCAGCUGCCGGUGCGCGUGACCCGGCUGCGGCCGAACGGAGAGCGCAUGGAGGGGCGAGGCUGCACGCGCGCGGGCGGGUGCGAGCCGUGGGUGGACUCGCUGCCGGUGCAGGCCUGCAACACGGCGGUCGAGUACGCCACCGCGCGCGUGGUGCUGCGCGUGGCGGCGGCCGCAGCGGUGGCGCAGGCGGUGCUGGUCGAAGUGAGCGGGUGCGCGGCGACCGAGGUGGGCGUCUUCCACACACAGCCCCCCGUGGGCCAGCUGCUCUACGGGAGUCCGCCGCGCGUGGGGGCCUACGACGCGACGGCGGCGCUCAGCAGCGCCGACCAGCGGAUCGAGGCGGGCGUGGGCGCGCGCGAACCGCUGUGGGUGGCGGCGAGCACGGAGCUCACGGGCAGCCUAGCGCGCUGUCGGUCGGGCACGCCGCUGCGGGUGUCGCUGACGUGCGGCAGCGCAGUCCCCAACACGCGGCGCCGGCUGACCAUCAUCGGAGGCGGACCGUCCAGCUUCGCGCUGCCCGGCGACGAUUUCGAGUUCGUCGGCGCGGGGACCUGGAUCAAGUACUGGCACCCGUACGGCAUGGAGCAGCGGCUGUCCUACGAUUCCUCCGCAUCCAUCUGGCGGAUGCCCGCGUACAGCAUGUUCGCCGACAACGAACUGCUGGGCGAAUGGCAGCAGCCGCUGCCGAGGAGCGUGCAGAGCGCGAACCCGAUCGAGUGGGACGGCAGGUCGCUGUUCCCGGGCGAGGCGGCGCUGGCCGUGCGGCACACGUGCCCGCGCGGCAUGUGGUCGCCGGCGACGGACCAGUGCGCGGCGUGCCCCGAUUACAUGGACACCGACCGCUCGGGCGCCACGUCAGCGGCUCAAUGCCGGUGUCGGCCGGGCUACGUGGUCGGCAGCGGCAACGGCAGCGACGGCGACGGGUGCCAACCGUGCCCGGCCGGCACCUGGAGCCACGACGGAUCGUGCGUGGCGUGCGCCGAAGGCCUGACUAGCCAGCCGGCCAGCCCGCUGCGGAGUUACUGCUACAACCCGGCCGGCGACAAGACCUGCCGGCGGCUGUAUAUCACGGGUCUCAGUACAGAGUGGUACCCCGACGGCGUGCUCGACGUGCGCAUGCCGUCAUCGGGGCUCAACGUCACGUUCACCCACGGCGCGCCCGACCGCGAUUUGGUCAGCGUUCAGGCGCCGUCAGGGGCCGGCGGCGGCGGCGGCGGGGUGCAGUGCGUGGGCAACGUGGUGACGGGCAUCUCGCGCCUGGUCAACUUUGCCUACUUUGUGCGCAUGAGCGCCGCUGGCACGCAGGCAACGACGGCGGCGGCCUACGUGGUGGACAUGACCGCCGGCCGCGUCCUGGCGCAGUGCGACGUGACCCUGCCGUCGAGCGCGAGCGCCAGCUUCACCCAAGUGACCACCAACUUCACAUCGUCAUCCUCUGGCGGUUGGCCCUCGCUGGUGCCGACCAAGUCCUAUUGGCUGCCCUUCUGCUUUGCCACGUCGGCAUCGACCAAGCGCAGCAUCGGCAGCUUCAGCCUCGGCGGCGGCGGCAACGCGAGCAGCACCGUGGGCGACUGCUCGGGCGGCCCCUCGUGUGAGCCCACCACCGGGUCGACCCUGACUGGCGGCAGCCUCGCCACCACCCUGUCCAACAUCGCCGGCAACACGGAGAGCAGCGCCGGCAGUGGCGGCGGCUCGGUGGUGGGCAUCGCCGCGGGAGUGACGGUGGGCGUGGCGGUGGUCAUCGUGGCGGCCGUCGUGUGCGCAGCGAUCUUCCUCGUGCGGCGGGCUAGGCGUCUGCCGCCGGCGAUGCCACGACGCUCAGUGCUAAGAGCUGACUUCAACAACAGCGACGCCAACGCGACGCCGAUGUUUGACAUGUCAGCGUCGAGCAGCCGAGUGGCGCUGAAGCAGAUGAACGAUCUCUACGCGCCUGACGUGCAUGGCUUUGGCGGCGCGUAG